CAUCUCCUUCCUCAGCAUCCACACCAGAACCAGACGCGGACCAGGACUCCACUGAGCGGAACUCGGGAUACAGCAGGUUUCAGGUCACAAUGUCUGGCGGGCUGUCAGAGCGGAUCCAGAAGGAGCGGGACCGAGCUGGCGGUCUGGGCUCAGUCCAACAGGCUGUACGCUACCUGAACCAGGACUUCCAGAACCUGAAGGAAGAGUGUCUUCUUAACAGCACCCUGUUCGAGGACCCAGCAUUCCCUGCAGAAUCCACCUCGCUGGGGUUUAAGGAACUUGGGCCGCUCUCAUCCAAAACCCAAGGGGUGGAGUGGAAGAGACCCACGGAGCUGACACCAGACCCUCAGUUCAUUGUGGGCGGAGCCACCAGGACAGACAUUUGUCAGGGAGCACUGGGAGACUGCUGGCUGCUGGCCGCGAUCGGCUCUCUGACUCUGAACGAAAGGCUGCUGCACCGUGUGGUUCCUCAUGGCCAGACCUUCAACCCCCAGUACGCCGGUAUCUUCCACUUCCAGUUCUGGCAGUUUGGUGAGUGGGUGGACAUCGUGAUUGAUGACCGGCUGCCGGUCAAAGAUGGAGAGCUGAUGUUCGUCCACUCGGCGGAAGGCAGUGAGUUCUGGAGCGCGCUGCUGGAGAAAGCCUAUGCCAAGUUGAACGGAUCGUAUGAGGCGUUGUCUGGCGGCAGCACCACUGAAGGCUUCGAGGACUUCACGGGGGGCGUGUCGGAGAUGUACGAGCUGAAGAAAGCUCCCAGAGAUCUUCACCGUAUCAUCACCAAAGCUCUGGAGCGUGGAUCACUGCUGGGAUGCUCCAUAGAUAUCACCAGUGCCUUCGACAUGGAGGCCAUCACCUUCAAGAAGCUGGUGAAGGGCCACGCCUACUCCGUGACUGGCCUCAGACAGGUGGAGUACCGUGGCCGGAAGGAGCGUCUGAUCCGGAUCAGGAACCCCUGGGGUCAGGUGGAAUGGACCGGAGCCUGGAGCGACAGCUCCUCGGAGUGGAACAACAUCGAUUCUGCAGAGAAGGACGAUAUGCUGUGUAAGAUGGAGGAUGGAGAGUUCUGGAUGUCUUUCCAGGAGUUUCUGCGUCAGUUCUCACGGCUGGAGAUCUGCAAUCUGACCCCAGACGCUCUGAGUCAGGAGUCCACCAGCUUCUGGACCACCGCCACGUUUGAGGGCAGCUGGAGGAGGGGCAGCACCGCUGGGGGCUGCAGGAACCACCCCAACACAUUCUGGAUCAACCCUCAGUACAAGAUCUCUCUGCUAGAGGAAGAUGACGACCCAGAGGAUGAUGAGGCCGCCUGCAGCUUCCUGGUGGCUCUGAUGCAGAAGGACCGCCGCCGCUUCCGCCGCCAGGGCCAGGACAUGCACACCAUCGGCUUCGCCAUCUACGAGAUACCUGAGGAGUACCGAGGUGCUCCUAGCAUCCACAUGAAGAAGGACUUCUUCCUGCGCCAGUCUUCCUGCGCUCGCUCUGACAGCUUCAUCAACCUACGAGAGGUGAGCACCAGGCUCCGCCUCCCGCCGGGCGAGUACCUGAUCGUCCCGUCCACCUUCGAACCCUCGAGGGAGGCAGAUUUUGUCCUGAGGGUCUUCACCGAGAAGCAGAGUGAAACUGAGGACAUGGACAACAACGUGGUGGCAAACAUGGACGAAGAGGAGGAAGUCUCAGAGAGCGACAUCGACGACUCCUUCAGGUCCAUGUUCGCCCAGCUGUCCGGAAACGACAUGGAGAUCUCAGUGCCGGAGCUCCGGACCAUCCUCAACAGAGUCGUGUCCAAGCACAGAGAUCUUCAGACCGACGGCUUCAGCCUGGAGUCCUGCAGAGCCAUGGUCUGCCUCAUGGAUAAAGACGGCAGCGCUCGGCUCGGCCUGCUGGAGUUUCAGGUCCUUUGGAACAAGAUCAGGAAGUGGCUGGGAAUCUUCAGAGAGUUUGAUCUGGACAAGUCCGGCAGCAUGAACUCGUACGAGAUGCGUCUUGCGAUGGAAAACGGCGGCUUCAAACUCAACAACAAGCUCUACCAGAUGCUGGUUGCCCGAUACGCCGACAACGAGAUCAUUGACUUCGACAACUUCAUCUGCUGUCUGGUCAAACUGGAAACCAUGUUCAGAACCUUCCAGGGGCUGGACCAAGACAAGACCGGAACUGUGGAGAUAAACAUCAUGGAGUGGCUGCUGGUGACCAUGUGCAGCUGAAGAAGCACCGGCCCGGUCAGAGCGUCUCCGACGGGACAAACAACAGACAAAUCUUCGGCCCAACCAGACCACUGUUUGUGUUGUGGAUCAGCAGAGUGACAUAGACCGCCGUAUUAAUCACUUCAUAACUCAUAACUUAACAUAACAUACCACUAACGCGUGCUGCAUGUAUGCCAACACACCUGUGCAGGUGCGUGGCAGCAUUCAUUUAAAACAGAAAUAAAGUCACAGAGAGAAUCUGGAUCAGUAGGUCCUAGUUGUGGUUCCAGUCACUGCUGCAUGAAGCCCCUUAAUGCUGAAUAUUUAUGAAGUAAAUCAGAAAACUUGUAUGAACUAUGGAGUCAAUAUUUACUCUCCCAAGUGCUUCAAUAACUGCCUUAUUUUUAAUUAAAGUUGUUUAUUUACCUCAGGACUUCCUUUGAAUAUGAGAAACAAAUAUGGUACUUCACAAUAAAAGCCUGUAUUUAUUCAACUGCAUCAGGUCAUCCGCACAUUUAUUUGUUCUUGAUUCUUUAUUCCCUGGAUCUUUUUAUUUAUUGUUGUUUUUGUGAAAACUACCAAAUAAAAUCUGUUCCAGA